GUGGAGCCUGUGGACCAGGAUAUGCAAGUCCUCUGGAUGCCAUGAAAGGUCCCCGGGAGCAGAUCCUGUACCUGCCUUGUAUCUACAGGAACACUGGGAUAGAGAAACCUGACUACUUGGCCACGGUGGAUGUGGAUCCCAAAUCCCCACACUACUGCCAGGUGAUCCAUCGCCUGCCCAUGCCCAACCUGCAGGACGAACUCCACCAUUCUGGCUGGAAUGCCUGCAGCAGCUGCUUUGGUGAUGCCACAAAGACACGGAAUCUCCUGAUUCUCCCAAGCCUCAUCUCCUCCCGAAUUUACGUGGUGGAUGUGGGAACAGACCUGAGAGCUCCCAGACUCCACAAGGUUGUGGAGCCAGUGGAGUUGUUUAGGAAAGCGAACGUGGCUAAUCCUCACACCUCUCACUGCCUGGGCACUGGGGACAUCUUAAUCAGCUGUUUGGGAGACCCUUCUGGCAAUGGGAAAGGUAGCUUCAUCUUGCUGGAUGGAAAGACCUUUGAAGUGAAGGGAAAUUGGGAGAAAGGGGAGAAGGUUCCUUCCCUGGGGUAUGACUUCUGGUACCAGCCACGGCACAAUGUUCUGCUGAGCACUGAGUGGGGAGUCCCAAAAGUCUUGGCCAAUGGGUUCAACCCAGCUGAUGUCGAGAGAGGGCAUUACGGUCGCCACAUCAACGUGUGGGACUGGAGCACUCACACCUUGAUCCAGGCAGUUGACUUAGGGAACGGCUCCAUUCCCCUGGAGAUCAGAUUCCUCCACAAUCCAGAUGCUGCCGAGGGGUUUGUGGGUUGUGCCCUGAGUGGGGCUGUGCAUCGGUUCUACAAGACUCGGAAAGGAGACUGGGCAGCAGAGAAGGUGAUUGAAGUGCCCAGCAAGAAGGUGCAAGGAUGGCUCCUCCCAGACAUGCCUGGUCUCAUCACUGACAUCCUCAUCUCACUGGAUGACAGAUUCCUGUACUUCAGCAACUGGUUGCAUGGAGACAUCCGCCAGUAUGACAUCUCCAACACCCAUGAGCCCAAGCUAGUGGGACAGGUGUUCGUGGGUGGAAGCAUCCCAAAGGGAGGACCUGUCACUGUGGUGGAAGACAAGGAAUUGCAGUGUCAGCCAGAGCCAUUUGUGAUCCAAGGGAAGAAGGUCCCAGGUGGACCUCAGAUGCUUCAGCUUAGCUUGGAUGGGAAGAGGUUGUACGUCACCAGUUCCCUCUACAGUGGAUGGGACAAGCAGUUCUACCCAGACCUUCUCAAAGAAGGCUCUGUCAUGCUGCAGAUUGAUGUGGACACUCAAAAAGGUGGAUUGAAAGUGAAUCCAAACUUCCUGGUGGACUUCGGGAAGGAGCCCGAGGGGCCUGUGCUGGCCCAUGAGAUGCGUUACCCCGGGGGGGACUGCACCUCUGACAUCUGGGUCUGAUCAUUGUCUGGAGCUUUU